AUGAAGACCGGGAUGAGGAGACGAGGCGGAGAGGUAACUUUUAGAGAAUGUGAACAUGACGCAAACAAGGCUACAAAUCCCCUCCUCUCGGAAAUCGGGACAGUCGACACUCUAUCCCUAGAAAAUCUGGAGAAAGCCAUCAUCAGACCCAUCCAUUCGUUCCAGGCACGGCAGGUAAACGACCUUGACUCUGGAAUAAGCCUGGCGCGCUUCGACCGCAGCUAA